AAACCCACCGCAUUCAAGUCAAAUGAAUCUCUCAAUUUCCUAAAUCAAAUAAUGUCAGUCCAAAAAGUACUCCAAAACCUAAGAACUCUCAAGAAAUGCCAAAUACCAAACCCACAUCUUCAUCCUAAAGCUAAAAUUGGAGACACCAUUAUCAACACAGUACUAAUCUCAAAUACUCCCACUACUACUGUUCUCUACAACCUUAAUCCCAAUUUAGUUCACCUUAUUUUAUCUGAUCCACAUAUUAACACACCUAAAUGCCUUGAUUUCUUCAAUUACCUUCUCCUUAAUCAAUCUUUAAUUACUUUCAAGAUUGGUGUUGAAACCCAUUUGAAUCUUGUUUGUAGACUUGUUAAAGAAAGAUACUUUGAUGAUGCUGAGAAUCUUUUGGUUUUAGUCCCAAAGAUUGAAACUUUCAGGUGCCCCUUUGCUGUUGUAGCUUCCUUCUUUGAGAAUCACAAUGUUUCGUCAAAGUUUGCUUCAAAAAUAUUCAAUUUGCUUCUUAAAGCUUUAUCUGAUAACGGAAAAUUCCAAGAGGUUAUGGAGAUUUUCAUGUAUAUGAGACUAAAUGCAAUUGAGAUUAAUGAGAGAACUUGUACUGUUCAUUUGAUUAAGCUUUUAAAAAGCGAUCACAUCGCAUUAGCGCUGGUUUUCUUUUAUCAAAUGAUUGAAUCAGGUAUUCAGGUUUCAGUAUUUUCUUUGACAGUUUUGGUUGAUGGAUUGUGUAAAAAUGGGGAGAUAAAGAAAGCUAGAGAAUUGGUGGAGGAAAUGCUGUCUAAAGGGGUAAAGCCUAAUAUUAUUACAUGUAAUACCUUAGUGGAUGCUUGUGCUAAGAGAUGGAAUUUCGAAGAAAUGGACAACGUUUUGGUGUUGAUGAAUAGGGAACAUGUCGAUUUAAAUGCCGAGACUUAUAAGUUUCUGGUGGAUGGAUUCUUGAGUGGUGGGAAGAUUGAUGAUGCAGAGAGAUUGAUUUUGGAAAUGUAUGUCAAGGGUUUUAAGGUGGAUAUCCAUUUGUAUAAUUCGAUGAUUAAGGGAUAUUGCAGGCUAGGGAGUAUGGAAAGGGCACUUUCAUUAUUCAGGCAGAUGAUUGAGAAAGACAUCUGCCCAAAUAUCGAUACAUACUCAGUUUUAGUAAAAGGUCUUUGUGAUGUUGGACAGGUAAGCAGAGUGAAAGAGCUUGUAGAUAAAAUGGUGGGUCAGGGAGUUGAGUUGGAUGAUAGUAUGUUCGACGUUUUAAUUGAAUGUUACUUCAAGGCCAGAAUGAUAGAGGAAGCUGUUAGCGUAGUUGCAUUGAUGGAGAAGAGAGGAUUCAUCGCAGAUAUGUCUGUGUAUGAGCUGAUAAUUGAUGGAUUAUUCAAGUUAGAUCGGACUGAAGAGGCGAUAUCUUGGUUAACACUUCUAAUCAAAAGGGGCAUGUCUAAACAGAAGUUAGCUACCAUUCCGCUGGUUGAUUAUUUAAGAAAUUCAGCUUCUGAAAAGUUGGUUCACAAACGCAAACAACAAGAAGACAGCUUUGAUACGUCCUUUUACUCUGAUACGAUUAGUUUAUGGCUCGGGAAACAGCAUGAUGAUGCUCAUUCUGCAGAAAUGAUGAAUAUUUCAGCAGUAGAAAACGAGUAUAUAAAGGGAAAUGCUGCUUAAAUGGUUGUUCAGAAAAGAAAACAGGCUGGAAAUUAUGCGGGCUUUAAAUUAGCGCCUUUGGUGGUAUUUUCCUUCAUGAACUAUAUACAGAUAAGCUUUCAUGUCUUCGAUGCAAGCUUGAAUAAAUAUGGGUUCUCCUUAAAUGGAGAUUUGGUAUGGGAAAUACAUGCAUUAUGUGGAAGAAGAAGAGACAAUAUACAGAUAAGCUUGCAUCCUAACUGAAAAGAAAACAGGCUUGAAAUGAUGUGGGUCGUAACUUGUAAGUUAACGCCCUUUCGGUGUAUUUUAGUAGCAGUCAAAAAGAAGCAUAAAGUUCACUUGUCAUAAAUACGCCCCUCCCAAAACCAAAUGUGACGGUGUAAAUUGUCACAAAGAUAAAAGUUGGUUCCACUGACUUCUCUAUCAACUAGAUGUUCAUUGUUUUGAUCUCGAAAGCCCUACAAAAUCUGCCCAAAGUUUCUAUUAAUUCAUUGACUUGUUUGUAGGUUCUUAUAUCCCUCUUAUUCCUUAUAAAAAAAAAUCCCUCUUUCUUCCUACAUCAGUGGGACUCUGAGGCAUUGGUGUUCAUGAAGUUGGAUGGUAGUUGAAGCUUAUUCUUUUCCUUCUCUGGUUAUGUUUGAGUUUAACCGUUUACAUCUCUGGUUUUGGAUUGAGUUUGAUUGUUAAGGUCUCAGAAAAUAUCUUGACCCUUUUUUUACUUGUGGGACACAUGAACCUCUUUGUCUAACUUCAUUAGUUUGAGUCUUCUCUCUAUUGGAUUCAAAGCACUUAGACCUAGUAAAUGAGGUUUGUAUGUGCUCAAGUCCAAAAUCAAAGUUUGCUCUUGGAGGUCUGUAAUUCCCUAUUUAAACAGAACACUAGCACCCAGCAGAGUUUUCUAGUGGACUGGGCUUAAACAUGCUUACUUGAAAUUGGAUUUGACUCACUGGAACCAUGAAUUUACUACUUGCUCAUAUAGGUAUGAUGGCUCGAUUGGUUCAGCAUCCUGCGCAAUGGUAGUUCUCGAUCAGUUUGCGUGGAAACUUAGUCGAAGAAAUCAUUGAUUGCUUCGCAUAUAUGUCAAAAUAUGUUACAUUUCUAUGGAGUAUUGGUCGGGUCAUGGUGUUUUUGUUUUUCUUUAUUUACCAUUUAGUUCUGUGCAUAGAUCCAUGGUCUCUGCAUCUCAAAGGAUAGGAACUUUUUUGCUGAAUCAGUAGUAUUUCUUGAGCUGCUAUUCAGUAUCGUGUUGUAUGUCUAUGUAUAAGCUCAGUACACAUCAAGGUUGUAUCACCUCAACUAGGAUAUCAUUUUGUGAUUAAACAGACACUGAACUUCUAGUUAUGAUUACUCGGCGAUGCUUUCACCCGCAAUUAGCAACUAAGCUGUGUAGCAAGAUGGAAAUAGUUGAGCUCUAUAUGCCUGUAAAACUAGUUCAAUGUUUGAACAGAUCCUUAGCCCCCAUCAGCAUUGUAAUAUUCAAUGGGACUGGAAGCUCUGGCAUACGUCCCAAAUCUACAAACCGAUGAGAAAACAUAUACAGUAGUUUUUA